GUUAAACGUGUGCCACACACAAUUCCUUUGUGAGUCAUUUCGCAUUUUCGUGUAUAAAAUUGCAUUUUGUCGUGCAAAAACGUAAUUUGAAGAGAAAAUGUUUUUCUAAAGGAAAAUUUUCAACAAUUAUUCGUGUCACAACUGAUUAAACCGAAAAUCAGUAAUUGAAAGAAAGACAUGCUCAGAAUCAGACCUAAACUGGGUUCUACGAUGGGAAGCAAAGAGUGGACAUGCUGCUUCGGAUUGCACGUCCGGACAACAACGAUCAUCAUUGGUGUCUGGCAUUUGAUUCUCAAUGUACUGGCGUUGGGAAUAUUAUCGAUCAUCAUACGAACAAACAACUUUCACCUCCUGCUGGACGACUACAAGAGCGACGAGGAUGAUGAAAACGAUAUUGCUCCGAUCUUACCAACUCCGCUCAGCAAGGUUGAUCCUCCGUACGCCUAUCGCGAUCAUUUCCAGCAAGCUGGUUUGCACAGCAAUGACGUCGACAUGAGUGGGCUGGUUUUCCUCUGCAUGAUUGCUGUAACGCUUAUGUUGAUUUACGGCGCCGUUAAGGGCAAACCGUCACAUUUGCUGCCGUUUUUUUGUUUGCAAAUCUUCGAUUUUGCCAUCGCUACUCUCACUGCGGCUGGACAUCUGUGCUAUAUACGGUCCAUGCAUCUUUGGAUAACGGAAUCUCAAAAUCGCCUACCCUGGCGCGAAGAACUGAUCAAACUGAAUCCCCAAACACUAUCUGUUCUUGUGUUGAUUGGUUUCAUUCUGUUUAUAUUCCUGAAGGCUUACGCCAUUGGUGUGGUCUGGCGUUGCUACAAAUUCCUAACAUUCAGACAGCACAAUCUUCGUUCGACACUGCCAUACACCAUUCCAGUUACAGUGGAUGCAACUAAUGUUUUGCAGGAGCGCGAUAACAAUUUACUUCUACCAGACUACGAGGAAGCCAUCACGCAAAGUUUGAAACAGGCUCCUCCUCCGUCGUACGUUGUGGCCAUGGCUAUGAGUAAUAAACCGGUUGCCGACGCCGGACCAGCUGAGACAACCCCGUCGGAAUCAUUGGACGCCAACCAGGAGGACACUAUUAGCAACGCCGAUCCGCCGCCGUACAAUGCAAUCGAGAACGAUGCAGAAUCUGGGGAUGAGAAUCACGUGUCAGUACUCACUAUUGAUCCUGCUGCUGCUACUGAAGUUCCAGCCCAAUCGCCCAACAAAAAUACAGGCGAUACCCUGUAAAAAGAGUUAUGCACAAAAAAGUUAUGGUAAAAUUGAUUGGUUUUUCAAGAUGUAAUAACAUUCCUUUUCUGACAAAAGAAAAAAGGUUCAUCAUUUUGCACUGUUUCGAAGCACUUCUGAAACUGUUUAAAAUUCAGAACCUUGAAGGCACACAAAAAAUGGGAAAUUAAGAAAACAUUGCACUUCAAUCGAUCUGCUGUGGUUGUGCUACACACAGUAUGUAAGGAUGAAAGCGAUGAAAAAUAAUCGUUUUGCUUUGUUUUCUAAAAAUGUCUUCUAAAUUAUUCUGAACUCUUUUAUUAGAACUUAAUUUUUUUUUAUCUUCCUUUAUAUCGUUUCAGUUACUUUCGGAAUAGUUCAAUACAAAAUUCAUUAAUCAUACCCAUUUUACUUUAAUUGAAUUUUAAUCUGCUUAAACUAUAUUUUUUGAUAAAUAACAGAAUUUUUCCUCAAAAGGAGAGAGCUCGACGUAGGAAUUCGACACAAAUGUCUCAUUACCUACUCAAAGUUUUCUAAUAAAAAGUGCAAGUUAGAACACAAUUAAUGUCAUGUAAAAUUAACGAAAAAAAAAAACAGAAAAUAGUGUGAAAUCCAUUUUAGAGGUUUUAGUUCAAUCAACAAUAAGUUUGAAUAAAUAUAUAAUAACCGUUAGAACAAACCUUUUAUUGGAAAUUUUUCUCAAAGAAUGUAAAGUCGCACUGUUCUAACAAGCAUUAAAAAGACUCACUUUUUUAUCGGUUUUGGAGAUGGUCCUUUCCUUUCUGACUCACACAUUUCCCCAAAAAAUAUAGUAUGCACGAAAAAGAGUUAUUUGACCUAGAAUAAAUAUAAUGUAGCCGGACAUCACAUCGGAUUAGUAAGCUAAAAAUAAGGUUUGUACAAGAAAUUGUGUAGUAUACUUUUAUGAUUACCAAACAAAAAUUCUAUCAUCUGAGGAAAAGUAUAACGUAUAGCUUCUUUUCAAAAUCAUCGUAUAACAUUUUCAACUCCUUCAACAACUUUCACAACAGGAAAUGCAGCAUCAGCUUGACUAUUACAAGGCUCAAGCCGCUCUUCUGGGGGCCAAACCAAACUCGGAUACGCACCUUAUUCCGCUGGAAAGUCAACCAAAAUAUGAAGACUUCCUGCCAAGUCCAGAUUUUAUGAUGACGGACGACAGCAGUUUCACAACCCAGCAGAAUGAUAGCAAAUUUUCCGACAGUGCCAUUUUUGGCAAUAACGUGUACAGCUUUGACCAGAAACAACCGGAUGAAUCCAGCGAAUCGAGCAUACCCUGUAAGGAUUCGAUAUUUUCAUUCAACCAUGCGUCGUACAAUGAAGAUCAAUAGAUUUUGGCGUAAGGGAGCGUUCUUUUAUUACGUAACGCAAAAUUUUGGAUUUUUGGACCCCCUCCCCCACUUCGUAAAGAAACGUAACAGAUGGGCUAUCCCCCGGUUCCCCUUGUAACGCGUAACACAAGGUCUUUUUGCAAAUUUUUAUGAGUGCUUAUAUGAAAAUUUUGCGUUACGUAACAUAGUUUUUCCUCACACCUCCCCUCCCCCAAUUUUCGUAACAAACGCCGACACCCCCUCCCCCCACUAACUGCGUUACGUAAUAAAAGAUUGAUUGAUUGAUUGAACGCUCUCUAACGCCUCAACCAGUAAUUAAAGAUGAGAUUAUUUUGAAAACAGAUUUAUUUUAUUUAGUCAGUUUCAUACGUGCUAAGAGUCCACAUUUGAAGAUUUUUUUUUUCUAUGGUUUAAUCAAUGGAGCAUUUCCAUUCGAGCAGUUUUUUUUUUCUUUUUUCUACAAUGUAUUAUUUAUGAGAGAACUGUCAUUUCUACCACUCGAAUCGGUUGCUUCAUUGCAUAUGAUGGAGAAAAAUUAUAAAUAUUUGUUUUUUAUUUCAAAUAGAAAUACAAAAGGACAUUAAUGAUAAAAAUAUAUAUUUAGUGGUUGUAUUUAAAAUGUUUUGUUGUGGUUUUACAAAAAGAGAUUUUUCCGAAA